AAAGUCUUGCGGGAUUUUUAUUGAAUCAAUUCGUGUGGCACCCAUACAUCGAGCUUCUUAGUGACUCCAAACUUCUUCAAAUGGUUUAUAACGGUUUGAUGACUACUAUGCCGGUCUCUUUCGACCAAUUCAGCGAUUUUAUCGCAAUUUUCGACGACAGGCCUUCCGUAGUAGUACUGUAAAAUAUGCCGUAUUUUCUCUUUAUUUUGCUCCAUGUUUGCGGCGCUAUAACUCACGAACGACUUAAAAGAAACGAAAGAAUCAAUCAAUUAGCGCGUGAAAUGAGCUUUCCAAAAAGGUAUAGCAUGCCGAUGCGACGAAUAAAACUAGAACUACGUGCUUUCAGCGCCAACUAACGAAAAUACCGCAAGACUUUUUUGACAACCCAAAAUUUUUUAUAUUAUAAUUAUUAUUAUAUGCUUAUAUGUACGUAGAAAUGCUUUCGAAUAUUUUUUUUUCAAUUCUUAUCACACCUUUUUUAUAACACCGUUUAACAAAAUUUUAACUUUGUCACAUGAAAACUCAUACCAAGUGCACUAGGCCACUAAACAAUAACAUGUGAAUGAAAAAAACUGGCAUACCUACAGUUAGUAAAUUUGUUGUUAAUAUAGAAAAAAAUGUAUGAUUUUCGUGAUAUUUGACUCUUGGAAGAUCCUUUUAAAGUCUUCAGCAAUAAUCUGCUAGCAUUCCUGCGUCCAGAUGUUUUUCCAAAUAUAUUUUUAAGAUCAUAUUCACCCCAAAGCUUUAUGUGAGGUUAUAAAUUCAUUUAUUUAGUCUUUUGCAAUAUUCCGAUUUGUCGUCGUAAUUUCUCUUAAAUUUUCGCCUUUGCGCAAUUUCUCCUUCAUAUAUACAAAUCCUUUGCCAUCUCUAGGCACAGUUUUUAAACAUUUUUUUAUCCGGCCGAAGCUCAUUUUUAAUGGUGGUAAAAUAAUGUCCUUAGGGUUCAAUAAAGGAUUAUGAUCGAAAACUUAAAAAUUUCAUUCACAUACAUACAUACAUGAUCAUUUGGUUCGGUCCAAAUGAUUGGUAUAGCAAAUGGCAUACAUAUGUCUGGAUUCUUGUUUAGCCCAACCUAAAAUCUGUGCCCAAAAAGGUGACAUUUGAAUUUAAACUGCGCGCGUCGAAGGAUUGAGAAUUAUUUUUUUUUAGGUUGGUAGUACUGUCAGUCACUUUUAUGUCAAAUUUCAUGUCAAAAUAUUCAUUAGUGUUUGAGAUACGUGUCGUUUUGUGAGCUGCUAAAAGUGAGUUUUUCGUUUUUUGCGAUGUCGAAAUUUGUUGAGCAAAGAAUUUGCAUUAAAUUUUGUUUACGGAAUCAAUUUUCUGCUGCGGAUACGUUGAGGAUGGUGCAGAAAGCCUUUGGUGAUGAGGCUAUGACUAAAAAAAAAUGUUUACAAGUGGUAUAGUGAGUUCCAAGCCGGCCGUGAACGUGUCGAAGACGAAGAGCGUCCAGGGCGACCAUCAACCUUAACCGACGAAGUUCACGUUCAACAAAUCAAAGAUUUGGUGUUGAAAAACCGUCGAUUAACAAUUAGAGACCUUGCUGAUGAAGUUGGCUUAUCGAAAGGCUCAGCCAAUACCAUUUUGAAAGAUGUUUUGGGCCUCAAGCACGUCAAAUCUCGACUGGUAAACAUUGAAUUUUUUGGAAAAAAGGCGUCGCGUUGAAGUGUGUGAAGCGAUGCUUCUACCAGGGUGUCAUGAAAUGCAUUAUAACUGGCGAUGAGACUUGGAUCUAUGCUAACGACCCCGAAACAACCGAUCAAUCGAGCGAAUAUCGUGCCAAAAGAAAGCCGAGACCAAAAAAAUCGCACCAAAGUCGCUCAAAAAUCAAGGUCAUGCUGACUGUUUUCUUCGAUUAUCGUGCUUUUGUGCAUUAUGAAUUCCUUCCAACUUCAUUUGCGUAACGCUAUCCGCCUAAAAAGGCCGGAUUUGUGGAAAGACAAUUCUUGGUUUUUACACCACGAUAAUGCAUCAUCCCAUACUGCCCUCGUAAUUCGUGAUCAUUUCGCCAAAAACUCAACCUAUAUCGUUCCGCAACCACCGUAUUCACCUGAUCUGGCACCGUGCGACUUCUGGCUGUUCACCAAGCUCAAAAGACCGCUCCGGGGACACCGUUUUUUAUACGAUAGAGGAGAUUCAAGCCGCAGCGAAGACGGAACUGAAGGCCAUCCCAGAAAGUGACUACAACCAGUGCUUCGAAGAUUGGAAAAUCCGUUGGCAUAAAUGCAUUGCAUCGGGAGGGGAUUACUUUGAAGGGGAUGAAAUUGAUUUGGAAGAAUAAAUAAAGAAUUUUCAAGUAUAUAAGUAUAUACGAUAUUACUAUAUCUGUAUAUAUCACAAAAAAAUUAUCAAAAAGUUCGUAAACCAGUGUAAUUUCUGGAAUCCGUAUUACCUUUGAAGAGAGCAGCAGAUAAAUUACACAGUUUAAAUUUAACAGUUAGAAGUUAUGGCAGUUGAGAAUAAACUUGUUUAUAUCUUUCUUAAAUUCUUCUUCUUUUUUUUUUACUGACGUAGAAACCGCUUACGUGGUUAUAGGCGAGUUAACAACAGCGCGCCAGUCGUUUCCUCUUUUCGCAAGGUGGCGCAAAUUGGAGAUUCGAAGCUAAGCCAGAUCCUUCUCCAUCCGGUCCUUCCAACGAAGUCGAGGUCUUCCUUUUCCUUUGCUUCCUCGCGGUUGAUUUCAGCUACCGUAUUAUGAAGUAUGGUUUUUAUACCCAUCACACACAUUUGUACAUUUUAAUAUGUUUCAUUCACGACUGAUAUAUGCAAUAUGGUUGAAUUGGAAGAGUACUUUUCACCCUUUAAAAUACUGUUUGAUUCCAACAUUUAUGUACAAACAUACGACUACAUUUAUUUAUCUGUACAUAUUGUGAUGCCAUUUUCCAAGCUUUUAUUGUGUUAAUAUACAAGUUUAAUAAGUACUUACAUUUGUGCAUGAAAUUCAGGUCGUUUACUUAAAGGUUCGACAUCGGCCAUAAAUUGGGAAUCGGUUGGACACCAGCGUAAUUAAUCAUCAAUGUUAAAUGAUGAAAACGUUUGUAUUGAAUACGAGUAUCCGUGAACUGUUACCAAAUUAAAAUUUAAUAACAUAUGCAAGUAUGUAAUUUAGACAUGCUUUUGUAGAAUACUCGUAGUUAUGUUAUCCUAUAGUAAUAAGUUAGUUUUUUGCCUAAAACCCCUUCUUCCGACCCAUAAUUACCAUUGCUAAACAGAAGUCGAUUUCUAUGCAGUUUCCAAAUACUUAUGUAUUUUAACUUAAAUGGUUUCAAUUUUCGCUGGAAUACAAAUCGUACUUGAUUCCUUUCAUUACUGCAUUAAUUAUUUGGGCUAAAGCCAAAAAAAUCGAAAAAAAAACAAAGCGCGAAUUGUAAAAGGCGCUUUGCGAAAAUAUAUACAUACAUAAGUAUGUAUGUGUGGACAUACAAUACAUAUUCUCAUAGGUACGUGAAUUCUAAUUCUUUUAAGCUCGAAUUCUAUCCUCGAUUCAUAACAUAGUUCAAUUUCCCUAAUGCGAAUCAUACAAUCCAUAAAACAACUCCGAGUUACUGAGACUUGGAGUUAUAGAAGUUUUCAUUAAGACAUAACAUUUUUCAAAAAACUGUCAAAUAAAGAUCUAUACAAAGUUUUGUUUUUUUACCUUGCAUUUUUUGCUUAUGUGCAUAAACCAUAUACUCUUGAAUAUUUGGCAAAAUAUAUACAUACAUACAUGUGUAUUUUUAAUUUGUUAUUUUUUCAGCGAAAAGAGAUUUUAAUCUGUUUACCCAGCAAACAUAUUGGCAAGCGUUUUGUAAAUUAAGAUUGCAGCAAGCUUGCAUAAAUAAGAGUUUUGCGAAUGUCAUUGACAAUUUGUUUGCAAAUGCAAGUGUUUUGCGAACGUCGUUGACAAUUUGCUUGCAAAUGCAAGUGUUUUGCGAACGUCGUUGACAAUUUGCUUGCAAAUGCAAGUGUUUCAUAAAUUUAAGCAAAACGUGUAGUUCUCGCCGCAAAAGAUUGUGCUAAUAAGUUGUGUUAAUAAAUUAUGUAAAAUUGUUCUUAAAGUUGUUAAAUUAAGUGCGUUUGAUACUUUUAAUUAUCAUUUGCUAUUAAAAAAGGUAAUAAUCUACUUAUUUAAUGUCUGCAGCGAAAAAGAAGAAAAGUGUUGUGCGCAGCAGCUUCGAAAUUUUUGAACAUCUAUGGAACGGUGCGGCUGCAAGUUCUGUAAGUACCCAGAGUGAAUUUGUGGAACAGGAGGUUGUGCCUAAAGCACAGAAUAAUUUAGAUUCCUUGUUGCCAAACGAUGAUUAUAUUUCUGAUGAAAGUGAGAACUCGUCCGAUGGCGCCGCUAUUGAUUUCAAUAAACGUUUAGCUGCAUGGUUUGUAGAGAGCAAUGUGUCCAAUGUGCAUGCUAAUAAAUUACUGGACUUAUUAAGCGACAAAAUUGAAGGUCUACCAAAAGAUAUCAGAACGCUAAAACGUAUGCCUACUGAUGCUCCAGUUGUCUCGUUAGCAUCCCAAUGAUGUGAAUAAGCUUCUGGCACAAUUUGUCGAUGAGUUGAACGAUCUUCUCCAAAAUGGAUUCUCAUACGAAAACAAAACUUUUGUAAUAAAAUGUCGAGCAUUUAUUUGCACCAGCUAGAGCACUUAUGCUUGGAGUCAAAGGACACGCAGGCUAUAGUUGCUGCACAAAGUGCAUUCAGAGGGGCGAACGGAAAAAGAAUCGUAUGAUAUUCCAUUAUCAAAAUCAUCCUUUGCGCACAAAUAUAAAUUUUCGGCAAAGAACUGAUGUCAGCCAUCACAACCAGCAAAAUCUUUGGAGAUUGAAAAACUUCCAAUCGACGUGAUCCAAGUAUUCGCUCUAGAUUACAUGCACGUGGUGUGUUUGGGUGUAAUGAAGGCUUUGCUUGGAUCCUGGAUAAAAGUUAAAAAUCGAAAUUAUUCUUUGCAACAAAAUGAUAUACGAAAACUAAACACAGAAUUUCAAUCCAUUGCGCGUUACAUACCAAGAGACCUUUGUAGGAAACCACGGGAUUUAAAAGAGAUAGACUGCUUCAAAGCAACGGAAUUUCGUCAGUUCCUUUUGUAUACAGGCCAGGUUGUGCUAAAGGACAUAUUGAGCGAAGAGAGGUACAUUCAUUUUUUGCAACUUAGUCUUGCAAUGCGAAUUCUCCUCAAUGCUGAAGAUUGUGUACAAAAUAACAAAUGCGCAGAGGAGCGGAUAAAGGAUUUCUUACUCAGAGUCCCUGUUUUAUAUGAUGAUUUAAUGUUAACAUAUAAUUGCCACUGUUUGAGUCAUUUGGCCAGAGAUUCCAAGCACUUUGGAUCACUAGAGACAACCAGUGCUUUCAAUUUUGAAAAUAAAUUAGGAAAAAUUAAGAAACUGGUUAAGAAAAAUAAUAAUGUUCCGUCCCAAAUUUACAACAGACUAGUUGAGCAGAGUUUACAUGGAAAUCAUCAUACAAAUAUUGUUUCUAAAAAAUCUACAAUACAAAGUGAUGGCAUUUACAAAUUUGUUAAAACUAAAAACUUUUAUUUAUCAUCUAUUGCACCUGAGAACUUUUAUUUAGUACAAAAAUUAAUUUUCAAACUUAUUUCCAUAUCAAGAUCUGCUGAUAACGAUUUUGUACUUCACGGGCUAAGGGUACAAGACUUACAUAACUUAUAUAAUAAGCCGCUUCAAUCAUCGCUUUUUAAUAUUUACCGUGCCGAAAAUCUCAGUUUUAACAAAACACCGAAUCACCAUACGCUUGACGAAGUAACAUCAAAAUGUUUAUGCUUCUACACCAGAUCGUCUUAUAUAUUUGUGCCACUCAUAGCAGAUCAUGUCGCAGAACAAUCUCAAUUACAUCGUCGACCCCAUUAAUGAUGACAUCGCAUCCUCACAAACUAUUUAUGUGAUGCAACCAAGUCCAAGCACAACAACAACUUCUUUGAAUAGUGCAACGUCGUCGGCAAUUUAAUCAGUAAUCAUCGACGCAUGUCAAAAGGCUGUUGAAAAGGUGGAGGAAAAAAAUAAGCUAAUAUUGUUGCGCCUAACAGAAAACGGUGAGGGGAUGCGCAAAGAAAUCAUUGAUCUUAAAAAAGCGGUAUCACAUAAUAACGCUACUAUUAUACCAAGCAAGCCGUAUGCUAAUAUUGAAGACUUCCUCAAUUUUGAGAAAACUAUUCUGGAAGAUAUAGAUAAAUUUUCCUUGCUGAAGGCAGAUCUAAAAAGAUGGUCAACAUCCAAUUCGAGAAAAUUUGUUACGAAAGCGUGGCAGAAGAUUAUGACUGACAACGUUGCCGAGAGCUUUUCCUGGCGAGGAACUGCAGAUAAGAAGUGCAUUAGGGCCUUCACUGUCGCCACUGCUAUUCAUCGUAAGUGAAGUACGUUUAAAAGGUUUCUAGUUACGUUUCUAUAUUCAUAUUUAAAUUCUAUUGCAAAAACUUUCGCUAAAAAUGGAGGCAAGGAAAAGGACUUUGUGCUUGCCUCUAAGUCAUAUUUCCAGUACGCAAAAAUCGUAUUAAAAUUAAAACAACAAAAAAAGUAAACUAAAAUACUAAGUAGUAAUGAUUUUUUAAAUGAAAAACAAUGAAGUUCCUAUUUUUAUAUGUAUUUUAAUGUAAUAUUAUUCUAUGAAGAAACAAAAUUUAAUAUUAAAACUGAUUUUUUAAAUGUAUAAAUAA